UCCCUCCCUCUCUCUCUCUCUCUCUCAGUUUUUGUCAACAUCUGAGAGUCUCAUCGACUCUCAAAAUUAUCUUCCUGAAAGCAUCACGUUAUGGCACUGAAGUCAUCAGAAAGACCAAAACCCAAGCACAGAAAGGGAUUGUGGUCACCUGAAGAAGAUCAGAAGCUCAGGAACUAUGUCCUCAAGCAUGGCCAUGGUUGCUGGAGCUCUGUCCCCAUUAACACCGGCUUGCAGAGGAAUGGCAAGAGCUGCAGAUUAAGGUGGAUCAAUUACUUGAGGCCUGGCCUAAAGAGAGGCAUGUUCACCAUGGAAGAGGAGGAGAUUAUUUUUUCCCUUCAUCACUUGAUAGGCAACAAGUGGUCUCAAAUAGCAAAGCAUUUGCCAGGAAGGACAGAUAACGAGAUAAAGAAUCACUGGCAUUCUUAUCUUAAGAAGAAGGUGGCAAACAAGACUGAAUCUUUAUCGUCAUCAUUAGAAGCUCACCAUCAUGCCCGGAGUCAAUGUACCAAUUCGGACAAUGUGGAAUCUUCGCCUCCUCCAGAUCAAAUCCCUCCAAACCAGAACCCAUCAGUUCAUGCACCAUCACAGGAGCAAAAGGAAAAGACAUCAUUUGACUUUCAGAGGGACGGGCUACGCAGCUACUUGCCCCAGAUUUUCUUCGCCGAGUGGCUGAAUCAAGCUGAUCAAGGGAACAACAUCCCCAAUUACGGCGACGCUUUCGAUGACUGCUUGAAUCUUCAGGACCCCCUUGUGCCUGAUCUAUGCACGAGUGAUUUUGGAAAUUCUUAUGGUGGUGAAUAUGUUGGUAGUGAGCUAAGUAACGGGUCUGCUAGUGCUAGCGUGAGCGACAUGUACAGUUCGCAGUUGAAGUUGGAGAUGGAUCAGGUUUCGGGAGGUGGUUAUUUCUUGGAUUAUUUCUCUGGGGGUGAUAUCUGUAGUCAGUUCGACAUGGGCAAUGAUGUAAAUGUGAUGUACACAUGAGAAA